CCUAUCAGACCCACCCCACCCCCAGCUAUUGGACGUACUUUGCUUUAGAAAUUUUUUUUUUACUAUUGUGUUUUUGUAAACUUGGAAAUGCCAACAGACAGGCAAGCUGUUAUUAUAAUUACUAACGUUGUGCUUGAAGGCAAUGAUUAUGCUUUAACUGAAGAAAUAUUAUAUUAAUGUUCUACGUCAUCAUUUCUUAGUUAUUUUUAUUUCGCUUCUUAUUGUUGUAGAAAGCCGUUUCUCUGGGAUCUGUGUUCAUGUCCAUAGCUGACUCUUCCGGGAGGGAAUUUGUCUUAUAAAGAGGUUCUCUGUAAAUGCAAGCCAGAACAUUUUCAAGAAAGCCAUGCCUACCAUCACUCAUUUGCUUUACACACUUCCAUCCAAAUGGAUCGAGGCUCUUAUCUGAACCUUUUAGUAGCCUUCACAUUGCUUUUAAAGACUAGCUAUAAUCUCCAUAAAUGUCCACUUAUUUUUCUACCAGGAAAAUGGAAAUACUGAUAACCUGUCUGUCUCUUCCCCAAUAUCAAGCGGCCUGCAACAGAAGGAAGCUGCUAUAAAUAAAAUGGUCCUUUCCCCCAAAAUUGCAGUCAACCAACUCCCUUUCCAAGAGUUGGUUCUCUCGGCUCUGUUCCAAGGUCAAUUUUAGAGCCUGACUUGUGUUGUUUCCUGACAAAGGAAGGCAAGCAGCAGUCGGGUGACAGCUUGGGAAUCAGAGACAUUGCCGUUCUCUCCUGCGUCCGGCAGAAGAAAGGAAAGGCAGCUGUCUUCGUGAUGCUUCAAGUGAAGCGGCACUUCUUGUUUUAUUUAUGCAUAGAGAACUCUGCCUUCACAGAGCUGUGGUCAAGUGACAAAUCCACGCAGUAUAUUUUAGCCUCACUCGGCAGCUCAGCGUCUCCCAGGUGCAGUCACCAUGACCCCAGCAAAGUGAUGAUGGAAGAAAAGGAAGCUGGAAGCUCCUGCGCUCUGGUUUCCACAGACGAUGGAUGGAGGACAGCCCGCCCCUUCACCCCUGCUGCCCCUUGGGAAUGCGUCAUCUGAUUUUAGUAUGUCGCUGGAGCAGAAAACCACGUUUGUUUUUGUCAUUUUGUUGUUUAUUUUCUUGGGCAUCCUCAUCGUCAGGUGCUUCCGGAUACUUCUGGACCCAUAUCGGAGCAUGCCGACCUCGACCUGGGCUGAUGGGCUGGAAGGCCUGGAGAAAGGACAGUUUGACCAUGCUCUUGCUUAGCAGGGAGGGGCGGGGCCUCCUCGGGUGGAGGUGAGCACUUCAGGUCUGGCUGAGCAGCUCCCUUCCGCCAAUGUUCUCAACCAAUAAAAUUAUCACAGCAUCUGGUCCUAGAUUGAGUUAGGAAAGAUACCGCUGGGCUAAAAGAAUUUGAGGAUGUUGGUCUUGGAGAUUUGUAUUACUAAUCACAGACUCUCUGCUUUUACUCAGUGGAGGAAUAUGAUAUUAUUGGAUGUGUUUGAUUUCAAAGAGCGUCAAUCCUGACAGACUUUGCUAUAAAACAAAGCCGUCUCAGAGAUUAACCAGAGACUAGAAGACUUACACGCUCCAAUGUGAUCCAGUUGUCAAGGCCAAGAAGAAGCUUCAUUGUUCAAACUCUGUCUCAGGUUUAUUUUCUUGGGAAGUGGGGCCCAGGAAAAAGAGUGGGAAUGAUGAUGCCGAGUGUAACCCGAGAUGGUACACUCGGCAGGGCUGAGAAGACUUGCUUCUGUCCUGGGUAAAUAUUGGUGAGGGUAAUAUUUUCCCCCUCACUAAAUUGGAAGCUUUACAGAACUAAAAACGAUUUACCAGGCCAAGCACAUUCUAUUUAGUCUCUUAGUCACAUGCGUAGAGCUAGCUAUAAAAACAAAUAAACAUUGUUGUCUAGUCAAUCCUGACUUCUGGCGACCCCAAAUGUGUGAGAGUAGACCUAUGUCCCAUAAGACUCUUAAUAGCUGACUUUUCAAAAGUAGAGCCUCAGACCUUCUAACAAAGGCAUAUAGGGUGGACGCAGAUCUCCAACUUACGGCUCGCUUAACCAUUUGCACCACUACUCUCAAAUUAGCCACACCUAACCAGAAUUUGUCUCUUUAUAUAUAUCCAUCCCAAAUAAUUGAAAUUAUAGUUUUAUGUGCAGAUUCAAGUUUUCUUUUUUAAAUAAAAAGUUAAUAUUUAGAGGGAAAGACUUGUAAAAUCUUGAGAGGGCUGUGAGUUUAUGACUGUAUAUAGAAACUAAAUAAAACUUGUCAAGAAACAGAAAUGUCUCCUAUUUCACCAAAUUAAAGAGGAGACAAUGAAUGAUGUUAAAUGCUAAGGCUUUCGAGUUUUCCAAAAGAACAAAAAAAAGAGCAAGGACCAUGAAAGGCCAUCUAAGUCCUUCCUCUCUCAUUUCAGGAAGGGAUCCCACAAAGUGUCCUGCUCUAAGCCCUGUUUAAGUCCACCCAAAAGAGAUGUGAAAGCUGUUAGUCCAACUUGUAUUGUUGAGAAAUCUCAUUUUUAAUUCCCUCAUGCUAUAUUUAUAGACGAGGUUCUCUAAGAUUCUUCUCAGUCAUCUUUUUUUGUAAUUGCAAAAAUAAAAUAAAAUAAAGCUCUCUAUGCCCUAAAAGGUAACUUUUAGUAAAAGUGCUUUCUUGUCUCCUAUUUCUUUCACAUUCCUUGGGGAUGCUGUUGCCCAGGCUUUCUCUUCCCUACUGUCAUUCUUUUCUUUAUUUUUUCAAUAACAACUUUAUUGAGAUAUAAUUCAUAUACCAUAAAACAUCUCAGAGUUGUGUAUUCAUCUUCACCAACUGAUUCUAGAAUAUUUUUAUCACCCCCAAAUGAAACACUCUUAUCUAUUAGCAUCCAAUUAUCAUUUCCCUCUCCCAUAAAUACCUUGCAAUCUGUAUUGAUGUGCUGACUCUGGGCAUUUCACAUAAUGGAAAUAAAUAAUACAUUUAUUUU